CCCCGCCCCGCCUCGCCCCCGCCGCGAGGACUAGGCGGUGAGUCCCGGGCUAUCGUGCUGCUGAAGGUGGCUACCCAGUGGAAUCUCGCCCGGGCCGACAGGCUUCAUGGCGGCUCAGCCAGUGUCCCGGAUGCUGCGGCUGGUCCUGAGGUCCAGCGUCCGGAGCUGCAGCUCGGGGGCUCCGGUGACGCAGCCACGUCCCGGGGAGCCCUCGCAACCUGCAGUGGAGCCCCUGUCAUCACAGGUGCCGUCCAGACGGAGGCAGUUCCUGAGGGAGCACACGGUCCCCUUCUCCGCCUUCCUCACCGACGGCUUCGGCCGACGCCACAGCUACCUGCGGAUCUCCCUCACCGAGAAGUGCAACCUCCGAUGUCAAUACUGCAUGCCCGAGGAGGGUGUCCCUCUGACCCCCAAGGCUGACCUGCUGACCACGGGGGAGAUCCUGACCCUGGCCCGGCUCUUUGUGAAAGAAGGUGUAGACAAGAUCCGGCUCACGGGUGGAGAGCCGCUCAUCCGGCCGGACGUGGUGGACGUUGUGGCCCAGCUUCACCGGCUGGAAGGGCUGAGGACCAUUGGCAUCACCACCAACGGCAUCAACCUAGCCCGGCUGCUGCCUCAGCUUCAGAAGGCUGGUCUCAGUGCCAUCAACAUCAGCCUGGACACGCUGGUACCAGCCAAGUUUGAGUUCAUCGUCCGCAGGAAAGGCUUCCACAAGGUCAUGGAGGGCAUCCACAAGGCCAUCGAGCUGGGCUACCAUCCUGUGAAGGUGAACUGUGUGGUGAUGCGAGGCCUGAACGAGGACGAACUCCUGGACUUCGUGGCCUUGACCGAGGGCCUCCCCCUGGACGUGCGCUUCAUAGAGUACAUGCCCUUUGACGGCAACAAGUGGAACUUCAAGAAGAUGGUCAGCUACAAGGAGAUGCUGGACACCCUCCAGCAGCAGUGGCCGGAGCUGGAGAAGCUGCCCGAGGAGGAAUCCAGCACAGCCAAGGCCUUUAAAAUCCCUGGCUUCCGAGGCCAGGUCAGCUUCAUCACGUCCAUGUCUGAGCACUUCUGUGGGACCUGCAAUCGGCUGCGAAUCACAGCUGACGGGAACCUCAAGGUCUGCCUCUUUGGGAACUCAGAGGUAUCUCUCCGGGAUCACCUGCGGGCGGGGGCCUCCGAGGAGGAGCUGCUGUGCAUCAUCGGGGCCGCGGUGGGCAGGAAGAAGCGGCAGCACGCAGGCAUGUUCAGUAUUUCCCAGAUGAAGAACCGGCCCAUGAUCCUCAUCGAGUGUUUUCUGAUGCGCCAAGAUUCCCCACCAGCCAUUCCGAGCAUCUCCUUCAGGGACUCCCUCCGUAUUCAGGGUCUGAGACACAGACUACUGUGGUCCCACCCCAGAAAAGACAGGCAGCUGAAGCGUGGGCCCAGCCCACCCGUCUGUCCACUGGCAAUAACCCUGAGCUGGAGGAGGAGGUCAGAAGGAAACUUCACCCCAGAUCAACGUUCCGUUAAGCCUACUGUUGAGAGAUGGGCACUGGAUGCCCCCGCCCCGGCCCACCCUGCCGUUACGUCCCACGGCACGUGAAAUCUGGACAAGGUCCGUGGACCUCUCUCCAGUCUAGAUCUGGAACGCCUCUGUGCCAACAUGUGGGUGCCCGUGCUGGGGGCUGGGGAGCAGGGCCCCUGCAGCCAGGGCUGGUCAGGGAUGUCCAAGUCGGCCUCAGAGAGUGACCCCUGGGGCCGGGGUGCAGAAAGAAUGAUGGGAAGAGGAGAUCAGGGGAGCCCCUUCAGGUGGGGAGACACCAGGUCCUGCCACACACAGCCCUGCCCCCCAGGACCCAGCCCAGGGCUCUAAACCCAGCACCAAAUUGUGUAAGUACCGUUAGCACAGCCUCCUCCACUCCGCCCCCCAAAGCCCAUCCCUGUCUCCUGGCCUCCCACUGCGGCCAGUCCCCAGGUCAAUAAUUUAGCCUGUUUAUGGCCCGCUCCCGGGUGGCUUCCAGGGCCUGGCUCCCUGAUCGCUUGCGGCUGCGUUUGAGUUUGCACAAGUCCUUGUCGAAAACUUCGCCCGAGCGCAGGGCCGACACCAAGUCAUCAAACUCGCCGCCCUCCUCCAGCGCGUUGCUCGCGUGCACCUUCCGCUGGCGCUGCCACCGCUCCCGCUCCCGCUGCUCCUUCAGCUGGAGGGGCGAGGAGGGAGGGUGAGAGGCCAAGGGCCAGUGCAGCCACCACAGUCCAGUUCACAAACACCUGCUCUCUGGCCUGGGCGGGGCUUGGCUUGCCAUCUGGCCCCACUCUCCUCCUUCCCAGGGCACCCUGCACCUCCCCGGUCCCACUGCACUCUCCCUCAGCCUUGCUCAGGCCCGGCCCCUGGCAGCACCCUCACCAUGGCCUCCAUGCGCGCCCGCCGCUCCUCCUCCUCCUUCCUCCUCCGCAUGGCCUCCAGGUCCUGCCGGGCCUCCGAGAAGGCCUGCAGGAAGGUGUCAAAGAUGCCAAAGAAUUCAUCCGGCUGCAUCUUGCUGUCAUGCUCCCCAAAGUGCAUCAGGGCCUUGGAGAACUGUUGGAGAGAAGGGUUGAUUGAGAGUCACCCCUAAGCCCAGUGGGCAGUUGGGUUCCAGCCACAGCAGAGCUCAUCCAGGUGGGGGACCUUGGGCUUGGGGGGCAGGCUAGAGAGGGAAGACCCCCAUUGUCAUCGGGGUAAGGACAAGGCUGAAGGAAAGGCUUGAGGCUGACACCUGGGAAGGUGGGAGGGAUCCAGGCUGGCUGACAGGGCCACCUCUGGGUCUGUUAGGGUGUAGGUACAGGACCAGGAGCUGUAGACCUUGGGAAGCACCACCUAAGGUCAGGACCCGCCUGGUCAGAACUCAGAAGGAUGUUAGGUCAUCUACUUAUCGGGCUAGUUAUUUAACCCCUCUGUGCCUCAGUUUCCUCAUCUGUAAAAUGGGGAUAAUAAUAGGACCUACUUCAUAGUGUUGUGGGGGGUUACAUGAGUUAGUGCCUGGCAUGUAGCUAGCACUCUACGUCACUGUUACUGAGAGCUGCCAUCUAAUUCAACCCACUGAAAACCCCCUAAGAAAGCUCUCGCUACUCUAAGUGUGCCCUGUGGACCAGCAUCAUGGGUGUUUCCCGGGAGCUGGUUAGAAAGGCUGAAUCUCAGGCCCCAACCCAGACCUGAAUGAGGGCCCACAUCUCAAUAAGACUCCUACAGUGGGGUCCAGGGGCGUGCCAGUGUGAGAAGCAGGAAGAGGCAGAAUAAGUGAGACCAAAGCUGGGAUCCGGAGUCAGGCUUCUAACCCAGCUCUGUCUAUCACAGCUGGGCAACCUUGGGCAAGUUACUUAGCUUCUCUGGAUCUCAGAGCACAUUCCUGUCGAAUGAGAUAACAACCUUUCAGCAAACCCGUAAGGUAGGUAGUGAGACAGAUGAUGGAAAACACUUAAUGGGGUGCCUGACAUCUGAUCAAUGGACUGUGAAGUUUGCAACAGAGUUGCUGCUGCUUUUCUUGUAGGAGUGAGGGAACAGUUUCUCCUCAAAGCUCUGUGCCUCUGGGUGUGUCCCUUCUGGGCCAUCUGUGGUAGGACCAGUGAAGGGAGAGAGGAGUGGGGGCGGAGUCAGCCUGGGGACGUGGGGCAUCCUUACCUUGGCCCUGGCUUCACUGAGCUGGUCCUCCAGCUCUGAGAAGCUGAAGCUGGAGACGGUGAUGAAGUCACUCAUGACCGGGACGAAUUUGUCAUUUGGAUCCCGCACCUGGCGUUUCUGAUGUUCCAGCUCCUGAAGUGGUAGAGCCAAGUGCUGGUCAGACGCGUGCCAAGACCAGACUCAGGAGUUCCAGGGCUUCCCACACCCCCACCUGCCUUGCCAGGCACAGGACCCUGAGCCUUCCUUUGGAAGAGGGAAUGCCCCAAGUCUCAAAUUCUAGGGUGGGGAAGAUGGUGAGAUUUAUCAACCAGGCCACCCUGCCUCUGUCCUCCCUCACCCCCACUGCCCUCUUUCUUUCUCUAGAUCCUGCUACCCAAUGUGUGGUCUGGGACCAGCAGCGUGAAGUUUUUUGUUUUUUAUUUAUUUUGGGCUGUGUCAGGUCUUCGUUGCUGCGCACGGACUUUCUCCUGUUGUGGCAAGCAGGGACUUCUCAUUGAAGUGGCUGGUCUUGUUGCGGAGCAUGGGCUCUAGGCAUGCUGGCUUCAGUAGCUGUGGAGCAUGGGCUUAGUUGCUCCGCAGCACGUGGGAUCUUCCUGGACCAGGCAUUGACCCUGUGUCCCCUGCAUUGGCAGGCGGAUUCUUAACCACUGCACCACCAGGAAAGUCCCAGCAUGAAGUUAUAAGAAAUAGGCUCUCAGGCCCCACUGGGAAUUAGAAUCUGCAUUUUAACAAGACACUCAGGUGAUUCACGUGCAGAUUAAAGUGUGAGACGCAUUCCUAAAUAUCCCAGUUGAUGUGAUGUUGCUGGUCCAUGGACCACAUCCUGGGUAGCACUUUAAAGGGCCAUAAAGUAGGAGGCAGCCCGCUCCCUGCCGCCAUAGUGGCAACAAAAGGUUCUUAUACUUCCUUCUCUAAGCCCAUUAUCCCCUUAGCCAUCUCCCCACCCCUACACAUGCACAGUGAAGAUAAGAAGGCUCUCUAGUUCCUAGAUGUGGGGAACAAAGGAUUGGGGCCACCCCCAUACUGGGCCAGAGACAGCAUCAUCUGAGAAGCCCUCAGAGCAGGAAGAGUAGAGACCAGAGAUCUGGGUCUCCAGCAAAAUAUAGCCCCUGGGUCCUCCACUGGCCCAGCGAGGAGGCAAAGAGGCAUAAGGAAAGAACUUCUGGGGACAGUGGUCCCCAAUGUCACUCUAGGUACUACCUGCCCUGAGCCAGCUGCCAAGACAUGCAGAUCCUCUUUCCCAUCGAUCUGAAUCAAUCUUAACCAUGUGGCAGAUUUAUCAUUCACGCCACUCCACUGUACAGUGAUAGGCUACAGUCUCAGAUGGAUGUCCCCUCUUCAAGAAUCUAAAUCUAAGCCUUGGAUAAUUCAGUUAUCCUUUCCCGAGGGCUCACUCUGUGCUAGAGGCUGCACCCAGCUGUGCCAGCUGUUCUGUCACCCCAGCCGGGAGCUUUGGGUCACAGAGAUGCAUCAGACAGGGUCUGCAUCUGGGGGUCCACCCUCUGGCCCAGUGACAGGCAGCAAACCCAGGCAGCAUGGGCAGCACCCCCUCAAACCCAGGCAGGCAUAGAUGAUGCACUCACCACCUCAACCGCUCUGAGGCCCCUCCUGAGGUUGCCCACCUCCUUCUCCAGCUCUGCCAGGCUGUGGGGGGGGACAUGGGUGGGUGGAGAGGAGCUGGGGUUAGUUCAGAGCAGUACAAACCCAGUGGUCUUGGGAGUCAGCAGACCCGGGUUCCAGCCCUGCUGCGGCUGCUAACACGUGGCUCUGGCACAUCCCCUCCCCUCCGGGCUGUCUGUGCGUCUCUAAAGUAACGGGUGAAACUUAGGUCCUAUAGAUCCUUCCAGAAUAGAAAUGUCAUGCGGCAUAUUGGAAGGUUCCCAACACGUGGCCCCUGGCUUGGAUUUAUUUUUAUGACCACCAGGUAAUGCUUAUAAGCGCGUAACGUGGUAUCUUACGUGCAGUAAGCCUUUGAUGUGUGUUAGCUAUUUACCUCUGCAUCUCUGCUUCUACCGGAGAUGCUUCUUUUAGCCUAUAUAUGUUUAGGUCUGACUUCUUGCCGGGAGCGGAUGCCUCUGCAGCGCCGGCCCCCACCCCCAGUCUCCUUGGACCAUCCAUUUCAGAGCACAGCUCUGACUUCCAACCACUGAGGUUGCCCACGGAGCACUUUUUCUGGGGGCUAAAGCCCCCUCUGCCUGUACCCCUGGACAGAGUUACUGCCCGUCCCCCAGAGCUCCUCAGCCUGUGACUGACAGCAGAUGGUAGAGGAUGUUCAUCUCCUCCACCCCUUGGGGGGAUGAGUGGAGGGAGUGUCCUACACUGUCUCCCACACUCUGCAAGCGGGAUGAAGCUCUGAUUGCCUGCCGUGGUAACUGGCUUAAUAACACUCCGGCUGUUGGCAUUCUUCCCAAUCCCGGGCUCACUUCCCCACUCCCCACUGCGUUUCCUGGGAGAAUCUCUGAAAUGAGGAUUUGAGAGCAAAUGGUGUCUUUUGCUGGGUUCUCCCAUAGCAAGCCCUGAGACGGUGUUCAUUCCAGGGCAGCCCAGCGUAGCCCAGAAGAAGGAAAUUUAGAUGAGGGAGUGUGUGGUCACAGGGAGACGCAGCCUCAGGGGGACCCCUCACUUGACUUUGGCGGCUUCUGGAAGAUGCUGCAGCUCAGAGGGCAUGUUCAGGAUGUCAGGGAAAUGCUUCUCCAGGAUCAUGAUCAGGUAAUGGAGCAGAGAGAUGUUUCUGUGGGUGAAAGUCAGGUCAGGGGUACGGGGCCAAGGGAAUUGGCAGUGAGGGUCAGGCGGAAACUAGGGUGAGGUGUUAGGGGAAAGCUGUGACAUAUCUUGGGAGGGUAAGGAGGAGAAGGGGGGAGACGGAAGCCGGCAGGUCCCACCUGUCGAUGCUGGACUUGGUGUCGGCGAUCUUGUUGAGGCUGGCCACCCGGAACCCGUAGGCGCCCCCUCGCUGCCCUUUGUUCAUGAAGUUGCCGACGGCCAGGACGACCUCCAGCAUCUGCGCUAGACGCUUGCUGCGGAUCAGCUCCCGGGAGGCCAGCAGGAUGGCUGGGGGAGGAGGGACAGGUGAGAGCCCUGCGUGCACCAGGCCCUUGAACCCUAGGCUGGUGCCACCACAAAGUCCAGAAAAGGGGCCGUCAGCUUCAGAGGGGCAGAGGCCAUACCCACAUCCCAGCAGACGAUCUUCUCCACACCUGCCCGCCUCCAGGGGAAGCAGACAAACUCACCAAAAGCCAACUCACCAAAUAACCUUUUCUCAAAAUGUGCCAACUCUUCCUAAGACUGUAUUAGAGAACGCAUCUUUCUUUGCAUAUAUUUAAAGACUAUUAAUGUAUUCUUUCUGUGGAUACAUGCAAAAAUAUACUUUAACUUUUCUAAACCUAGUGAUUAAAAUUUUUAAUUUCAGCGUUUUACAUACUAUAAAACUGUUUUUGACUCUUUUGAAGUGCUAAAUUUUGCUUAUAUUUUGGGGAAGAAAAAAAUCCCUGUCAAUUAAAUCAUAACAUCAUCAAUUGCAAUAUUUUCAUAUUUUUGUUUUGUAAGAUACUGAUGUACUUUGCAGUUGAUGGCGUCUUAGAGUUAAGUAGGUUACUUGACAGCCUAUUAAAUAUCAUUUAAAAUUUUUUUCCAACCUUUAGGCAUUUAAAAAUUUCCCUCUGAUGCCCUAAAUGAUACCUUUGUUGGAAAUACAAACUAAGGCUAAUAGUAACCAAAACUUCAGUAUUUCAUUCCUGUGUGGGUGCUCUGGCCCUUCCUCAGCUAUUCUGCAUCUAUGGUGGAUAUGCAGAAUUGAGAUACAAAUCCUACAAUGAAAAUUUGGCUACCAGUUAUAGAAUGUGAUUUUGGAUUAUUAAAUGUGGUAAUGAGAAGACCAAACCAUCGUAUUAUGAUCUUUGGCAUCUGCUAAAUUGAACAUUUCCUUAAGAUGCUGCUAUGAAGAUAAAAUGAGAACCAUUUGACUAAAAGUUUGCAGAACUCUUCAAAAGCAGUUAAAAUAGGUAACUGUAAAAAAGCUGUAAAAAAAAUGAGUAAAAAGAAAGUUUGGUCAGUGACUUCUAAACUCAAACAUAUGCUAUGCCUACUAUGUGACCUAACAGUGGCAAUAUUCUUGAUGGAUAAUUGAAUGGUUUCUCAUUUGCUUUUUUAAAAUAUUACAUCUAGAUUGGUUAAGUAAAUUAUGGUAUAUUCAUACAAUGGAAUAAAAUGCAGCACUGAAAAUAAAUAACCCACCGCUCCCUGUAAUGACAGGGAUAACUUACAACCAUCAUGCCGAACAAAAGACCAGCAUAAAAUUAUUUGUACUAUAUUAUCCCAUUUAUAGAAAGCUCAAGACAGACAAAACUUCAGAGGAUUUGGAGGGGGUGAUGCUUGAGAGGGGGAUGUGAAGAAGGGCUCUGGGGGACUGGAAACAUUCCAUUUCUUGACCCGCGUGCUGAGCACACAGGUGCGUUCACUUUUGGAUAAUUCACCACUUAGGGCUCUUAGGAUCUGUGUACUUUUCUGUGUGCAUAGUUCAAGAACAAGUUUUUUUUUUUUUAAGUAAACUUCUUAAGAAUUUCCAGUGAUGUCUAUCAGUUGGGAUAGUUUUUCUAAGGUUGAUACGCUAUUUGAAAAAUCUGCAGAGGAAUCCUAAAAAUGCUAAAAUGUUGGCAAAACAGAAAAUGACAAGAGUUCAAAGGGAAUUGGUGUAAAUGGGAAAACUCCCAUACUCAAGGCAGACAUUUCAGAUAUAUUCAUGAGAAUAAUAUAUUCAUGAAUGUAUCCAUAAGAAUAUAAUUUACACAUGAAGCCAGAUUCAUCUUGACUGUACUCAGUGAAUGCAUUCAUAAUGAGAAUCGGUAAAUUUGGUAUAUUCAGUAACGAACACAUUCAUAAGAAGAAUAUAUUCAAGAAGACUAUGUUCAUGAAUAUAUUCAUAGGAAAACUGGUAAAUUUGUCAGAUUUGAUGAAUUGGCUCUUGGCAGAUUGACCCAGAGGCCCGGCCUGGGGAUGGAAGGAUGGUGGAGACGGGGGUGAGCAGCUCAUCGAGCAGCCGGGAUAGGCCAAACCUCAGCUCUUCCAGGAAUACUUCCUGGGAGAACUGGAGGGACCCUGGAGCAUGGCCCCCAACUCCUGCACAAUCCUCACCUCGCCACCCGCAGUCAAGCCCACUGACCUGACUCUGUCAAAUACCACUUCAGCCACCUCUUCCCGAAUCUUGGACAGAAGAGACCUCCAGACCAUUCUAGGACAGUAGCCACGGCCAUAGCAGAGCAGCUGUUACUUUCCUCAGUAGGCUUUGCCAUCCCAAAUGCGUCUCACCCUGCUUAGCUCCAUAUUAAAGGGAAGCUUUCCUGAGCAUCCACUGACUACUUCUUAGGGAGAGUUUAGGACUGAGCUCCUGGGAGCAGGAGGUUAUCUGAGAUUAAAUCUACCCGGUGGCUAAACGCCUCUGGUUCUGCAGCUCCACAUGACAGAAGACUGCUCACAUUUGCUCCACUGACCCAAGACAUACCGGUAGUUGAGCACAUGUCUUGGGUUGAACCCCUUUAUCUGUGCCUCACGCCCCAAAGGCAGUCAGCAGCAGGACCAGGAAGGUUGUGUGAGAGUCAGGACUCACCCAUCACCAGGGCAGGAGGUGCCUCUGGACCUCAGACCUGCAGAGUCACUGCUGAACCCCUUUCUUCCC